GGUAAGAUCACACAACUCACCCACUGUCCAGCUGCUACGCGAUUCCGUCUUUUAUUUACAAAGGAAAAACUUCACGCCUGCUGCGAGCUAAGUCUGAAUCGGAAAAGCACAGAACGCACGGAAAUUUGUUCAUUUCGUCCCAGUGCCCGAAGCGGUCGUGCCAGGAAAAUCGUGUACCACGCGUGCGAAUUCCUUCUCGGUCGUUUUACCGUAGUGCCAAGUGAACCGCGAACUUUCCCCUACUCCCCCAUUCGCUCACGACCGUUUUCUGAUAAUCGGUCGUGCAAAAGGGGUCGCAAAGAACACAGCAAAAAAGAGCGACCACAAUCCCAUCCAAGUGUGCGUGCGUGUGUACUGUGUGUGUGUGUAUGUUGUGCGCGGUAAACAAGACAUUUGUUUUGUUUAUCAGCACCAUCCCGAAAAAAAGGAACAGAAACACACGCACACACUCACUCACUCAUACAGACACAAGUUUCGCGCGUUGCCCCGCGUGAACGGUACUGCUGCGUAGCAGACAAAAGCCACUUCCGUAGUUUUGCGUAUUGCCCUCGCCGUCGCCGUAGUGUCGUCGUCAUCAGCUCGCUGCUGCUCGCUGGUGGUAGUGAUUUCCAAUCGUUCCCAUUAGCCCCCCACGUGCGCAUCGCCGUAAUUCGCGAUUUUGCGUAUCCUUGGAAGCAUCCGCCAGCAGCAUCUUCUCCGUCUGUGUGCAAGUGUGUGCGCGCGCGCGCGCUCGUGUGUGUUAAGUUACUUCUUCGUGCCACAUCACGCACAGCUUACAUCGUCCGCAGCCGCAACAGCAUCGUCGUGUGUUUUGCGUACGCGCUAGCGCUUCCAGACCGUCACCGUCAAUGUACAGCAGCAAGGAUGAAUUGCGAAAUACUACCGCAGGACAUCCAAUCGCUAUUGGAAUACUUCGCCAAGAACAUGUACCGCGCGAAGGAUUGUGAAAAUGUACGUAUCGGAGCCUUCCUGUACCACCGUACCGUCUGUAAUAUGGUGCGACAUUGUUGCGCCUUCGCUCGCGCAGUUGGCCCACGUGGAUAGCAUCGAUGGGUGCAAGGGGUGGUGCAAGGGGCGGUGAGCUAUAAGCUGCAAAACGAGUGCAGAAAAAACGAGGGUCGUAAACAGUGGCGCUAACCCAGCCGGCCAAAGAAGAACCCCAGCAGUGGGAGCAGCCAUCCCACCCUAACCUAUUCACCCACAUUUCCUAGUGACGUUGACGUUUUAUCAUCAAAUGGUCGCCCCCAGCUCCCUGUCCCUGAAGUGGGGCGUUGUUGAUGUUGCAUGUGCACACUUAUUUUGAUUCUUAUUUUUCGUUGCCUCUUCCACUCUUCCAUCAACCGCGGGCGAAGUUGAAGCGAUAAGCGCGGUGCCAGCGCACAAACCCUACGCAAAGACCUUGCAGGCGCCACCGUCCUUGUGCGGUAUCUCCCCCUCCGCCCUCCCGGGUCCACUCCCGCGCGCUUGCCACUGUAUUGGUGAUCCCACGGGAAUCGUGAAUAACAUCAAAAUAGACAACAUGUCAGGAACGAGAGAAGGGAACGUGGGGAGGAAUGUUGUGAAACGUUGUCUGAUUUGUGUGUGCUCUCGAUCAAAGCAACCCAACACCGCGAUACAAACACACACACACACACAUGCAUAAACACGUUGUACAAUCCAUACAAGAGUGAGAGGUGUAGGUAAUUUGUAACAGUAGUGCGCUCUCGCUUUCUCACACGUGCACAUGGUUUACUACGCGCUUAAGUAACAACCUAGCGGCGCAGGUUGGUGCGAAUCGCGGAUUUCCAAUCUAGCGCAGUGGGCGUUAAAGGAGGAAGAACCGGGUGGGAAUGUAGUGGGGAAGCAGGAAAUCGCGGAACAGUGCGGAAAUGAUAUUCUUAGUCUCUUAGUGUAUGUGUGUAACAAACAAAAGCGAAACCGUAUCCGCCACAGAAGAGAAAGAGAGAAAGAGCGUGCGAACCAACAAAAUAAGAAGAAGAAGAAGGAGAAAGGCCAGACACCAUACAACAAUUUCGUUUCUUCUCUGCUCUUUGUUGCAGUCCCUCCCCCCCCCCCCCACACCCCUCGCGCCCUAUACACUAUCUCAGUCGGUGCUGGGUGCUUUGUGUGUUUGGGGGACACGUUAUGGGGUUGUUAUUUUUAUCCAAAAGACGCGCCACAUCAUCACCCUCUGCUUCGAUCGCGGGUGUCUCGCCCCUCGUCGAAGAGUCUGUUAUGGCCUGUUAUGGGGUGUACAGGGCAAUGACGUUAUGCAUCGGUGUAACGUACUACUCCAGCAGGACUACAGUGUGAUCGAGAUCAGCAACAGUACCGGUGAACUAUCCUCGCACUAUCCCAGCACCCUGCUGAUACCGGAGUACGAGUACAAAAGUCUCUCCAGCAGUGGCAGCGCGGGCAUCAACAAUACUCAGGCACCAACCUAUGCCGCCGGUGGUCCGAACAAUGGAUACGCCAGCAUCAAUGAUUAUCUUACCCGCACGGGACAGCAGCCACAAACGCCGCAGCAGCAGCAAACUUCCGUACCAACUGCCGCUCCAGGGCAGCAGCAGCAGCAGCAGCAGCAAACCAUCUACGAGACGACAUACGAUGGCAACAAGCUGCGCGAUCUUAUUAACAAGGCACGGUUUGCCCGCUGCCGGGCCCGGUUUCCGCUGCCGGUCAUACUGUACAAGGGCAAGUACAUCUGCCGGUCGGCCACGCUGUCCGGUGGGCCGGAGAUUUACGGACGGUCCGGGUUAGAUUACCUCUUCUAUAGCCUAGACUCAACUGCUACCUCACCGACGUUAGAUGAGGAAGCGUACGAAGCGCGCGAAACGUCACUGCCGGAGGACACGUUCGAGGAACCGAUCACGAACAGCGACUGGCAGCUGUUCGACCGGGUGCGCAGCCAGGACAUAAAGCUGCUGAAAACGCUAAACGUCGGCACGAUCGUCGACUUUAUGGUGGAGAAGAAGAAGGUAAAGUUCGGCAUGAACGUGACCUCGUCGGAGAAGGUGGACAAGGAGAACCGGUACGCCGAGUUCAAGAUCGUCUCGCUGCCGUACCCGGGCUGCGAGUUUUUCCGCGACUACCGCGACAACAACUACUCCGGCGAGGGGCUCGUCUUCGACUGGUCGCAGGCACACGUGGACGCGAACAUUGGCGUGCCGGACGAUACGGUGGCGGCCCAGCUCCAGAUCGACUGGGACAAUUACAAGGACUGGGAUCUGGUGAAGAUCACGCAGAACUACCUGAAGCUGUUGCUGCGCUACCUGCAGGACAGCAGCUCCGGGUUGCUCAUCCACUGCAUCAGCGGCUGGGACCGGACGCCACUGUUCGUGUCGCUGUUGCGCCUGUCGCUGUGGGCCGACGGUGCCAUCCACCAGUCGCUGAGUGCGGCCCAGAUCCUUUACUUUACCAUCGCGUACGAUUGGCUGCUGUUCGGGCACAAUCUGCCCGACCGGCUCAACAAGGGCGAGGUGAUAUUUUUCUUCUGCUUCUACGCCUUAAAGUAUAUUGCCGAGGAUGAGUACAGCAUUUUGGGGCAGCGAUAUAAAAGUAAGCAUAGCAGCGGAAGCAGUAGCAUAGGCGUGAUACGGACGGACAGCGAAUCAAUGCUCGACGGUAUACUGCUCGAUGGGGAAAGUAGAGGCUCGAGCGUUUCCCUCAACUCGACCUGCAGCUGCCUGAGUGGGCGAAGCUCGUCCCAGCACGAUACGCAAACGUGCAUUAGUGUCGGUGGCAACGGUGCAAUCAGUGGUGGUGGCAGCGGUGGUGGUAUCAAUGUUACGAUCGGUGGUUCAAGCAUCCAGCAUCAUGCAACGAGCGGUAGCCGGCCAAUUGUCGGUGUGCACAACUCGCACGAUGACAGUUUAAACGCGAGCAAUGGCAAUGGCUGGUUAGCGCAUAGUCACGAUAGUAAUAGCAGUAUUGGAUGCAUAUCGAACGAUAGUACUACUAAUCUCAGUAAUCAUUGCGCUUGGUCACCGCAACCGAACAGAACUAGUCCCGUCUCAGUGCCGGUGGCGAGCCGAUUAAGACAGCGUCAGGAGUCAACGUCCUCCCUGUCCGUCGGCAGCUGGCAGAUGAUAUCUGGCACCGGCAGCCUUCGCAGCACGGACUCGGCCACGGAAUUGCACCAUGCUGCCAGCCAACACCAGCCGCACCAUCAUCAUCAUCACCAUAACCACCACCACCACCAUCAUCACCAUAAUAAUCAUCAUCAGCAGCAGCAACAGCAGCAACAACAACACCAGCCACAGUUCCACAAUGUAUAUAGCAAUAACGUUUACGGCAACAGCCAUGCUGUCGGUGGCGGAACAAUAUCCUCAGACACGAUCGCCACCACGCCGAAUGCGAAUCAGCACCUGCUUCAUGGCGUAGGACAUACAGCUGGCCAACCUCCUCCUCCUCCUUCUGGGCCACCUCAUCUGCACCCGAUGCAACAAUCGCAAGACUCGAGCUGCUGCACGCUGCUCGACGACGAAUGUUUCAGCUCGUCCUACAGUCACGAUUUCUACGCAAUGCGUCGUGAACGGCUGAAUCAAGUGCGAACAUUGUUCUACAACUGCUACUACUCGACAAUCGCAUUCAAAUUCAAAUCCGUACCGGACUCGGCGCUCGGCAGCCUGCUCGGGAACUUUGCGGAGAAGGUAGGACUUGCCCACCGGACCUCGGUUUAGUGUACCAACUGUCGACUGUCGUUCCACACUCAGUGACUCAGUGCUGCCUCCUGCCCAUGCCUAAAGCGCUCCAUAAAUACGUACUGUUGCGGGAGCUUUAGCUAGUUAGAUUUUGCAAAACGAAAAGAACAAAUACCGCCGACGACGGGUGGUGCUGCAGAUGAAGUGACGAGGAGAAUGUUUGUCUUCCACCACGCGGCUGUGCUGGAAUUGAUUUUUUUUUCGUUUGUUUUUUUUUCAUUCCCAUCCCUUGCUAUUUGUUAAUCUUUUUUUCUGUUCAGAAUUUUUAUCAUAAAAUUAAUAAUACCUAUCCUACGAGAAUUAUACAGCGAAAGGACGUUGGUGUGUGCGUGCGCGCGCCCUUGCUAACGAAAACGGCGCCGGGAAAGAAUUUGUUGUUUUGGUUCGAAAUAAAGCGCAAAACUGUGACUGCAGAAA